CCAAAAAACCACGCAGAUGCUUCCUUCCAUCACCAGUUCAAGAAUAUCGUUGGUUAGAAGAAAACGUAUAAGUUUCGUGAUCCUGGCCAGAGAUAUAAGCAAUGAACAUGAUUAAGCGAUUGACAUACUUAUUACGCUUUAUUGUCAUAUUAAAUCUUCCAACGUGGGCACACGAUGUCCGACCGGUGGAUCAAAACCGGACGAGGAUAGUGGAAGAUGAAGAUGAUCCCCAGAAGGCCGAAGAAGCCAUGCUUAAAUUACACUUUGCACUGAUGGCAGAAUCUCGACAGGGGGAGUUGUCGCUUCAAAACGAGACCAAUAUGACGACGGAUAUGAGCAGAGAACAAUUUGCACACCUGGUGGCGCGCAUCAAUGAUGAAGUGUCGCUGCUGCGACGGCAAGCCUUGACUUUGUCCAAAGCAUACCAAGUUCUGCAGGCUAAAUAUCGGGAGUGCGGCAAAAAACUUUCCGAAGAACAAGCGCAUUCCGCAGCAAAAUGUUUCCUCCAAGAGACUAACGAAAAGGCAUUGGCAUGUAGCAAACAAUGUGACUCUACCACGGCAAAACCAAUCCAUUCUGAGUCCAACAUAGUUGGGAACAAGUACUAUUACUUCAACUAUGUUCAAUACCCAAAAUAUGCCGGCAACCAACGGCCUUCGGUGGAGCCACACUAUCAACAGCCGUAUGCAUUUGCUGGCCCGGCAGGAAGUGAACCGUCACCACCAAAACCCACUUUUGUCGACCCAUACGAUCAGGAUGGACGACCUGCCUGGUACGGUCAAACGCCCCAACGGCCCGAGGUGAGACCACUGCUGUCCUCGUCGGCACUGGAUAAGAAAAUUGCGACACUAGAGCAGCUGGAAAAACGAUUGGAUGAUAAGACCGAAAGGUGGAAGCAAGCCUUUUUCGACAAGCAUGGACUGCAGAAGGUGGAAAAACUCUACACUUCGGCCGAGGUGCGAAUGAUGUUCGAUCAAUGGCUGAAACUUCCCAAACAAUGGUAGUAAUUUUAUGGUCAAACUGUAAAAAAAAAACACAAAUUGUGUACUGCUUUAAUGUAAUGUGUUGAAUCUUAGAAGUGCAAUUGUAUUAUUUAUUAUUAUGAAUGAAUUAUGAAUGCCUUGAAUUCAUUACGUGUCUUUGUCGGUAUUCUUAGGGGCAAAUGUGAAUAAAGAUCAAGUGAAAAUAUUUCCGAGCGAAAGAUACUAGUUAGCAAAUGGAAGUUGAAUAGCUAGACUCAUCUGAUUCGUUAUUGAUUAAUAAAUUAAUUUAGUUGGAAAUAUGUUUGAGGUUGGGGAAGUUUUUAUGAAAAGAAAAAUGGGCGAUUUAUUUUUCGUACUCAACAUUUU